AUGGCCCGCACAGUCACAUUUGAACAGCCUCAGGCCCGCGGGUCCCGCCGCCUGAGGGAAGAUGAGCGCGCAGUCUGCAACUCAUGGAGCAAGCAUGCCGCCAAGUGCUCCCACUGCCGCUAUCCCGUCGACGUAUGGAGGAAAGGUGGCAAGCUAUGUGACCGAGGCCGCAUGUACGCCAUCGACGUCGCCCAGUACAUCUACUCCAAGGGCGGCCGCCCGUACAGCGUCAUUGACAAGGCCGCGUACGGACAACGCAACGAAAUCGAAAUGCCCACCGAAUACGCCGCGGUCCGGGAGUUGGUGAGAGCAUUCGACAAGGGCUUGACCCUCGCCUCCAAGUCCAAACCCGUCAUAUCUCAAGACCGCGAUUACUAUGUCCAGUCUCGCGACUACGCCCCUCUUGAAAUCGAAAUUACUCCCUACUCGAGGCGAGAGCGAGAACGGUAUCAUGACGACAACCGCCGCAAAACAGUCCACUUCUCCGACAACUCAUACCACGGGAGCCACUACCACGCCGACGAGCUAGCCCGACGGGAGCGGAGGAGAUAUGAGGCCGAGCCAAUCAUCAUCCUGGCCGAACCUCGACGAACCAGCCGAUACAACCGGUAA